AUGCAGCAUCUAUCAUCGACCGAUUUAAAUGAUUGCAUUGAUUAUUCAUCAUUUGAUGAAUCGAUCAAUCUCGAAGAAUUUAUUUCAAAUAAAAAUGAUAAUCAGUUAACAUUAACAAAAUUAUUUGCAUUGCUACGAACAUGGAAUAAAACUGUACAUAAUCACUUUGUGAAACUUAUUCUCUCAAUCUUAGACCGCGAAAUCAAUAUCAAUGAAUACGAUGUAGUGACUGGUAUGAGUUUACUUCAUUUCACAUGUAAAUUCGGAGCAAGACAACUUGGAUAUGAAAAAGAAGCAGUGCAAAUUAUGAAUGCUUUGAUUAAGAAAGGUAUUAAUCUUUCGGCAACAUGUCUGUGGAUGCAAAUGAAUUGUUUUCAUUAUUGUGCUUUUUUUGACUCGUCAUCGAUUUGUGAACUUCUCUUGAAACAACCUGAUGUUCUUCCAUUGUUAAAUCAAACUUGUUCUUCCUUUAAAAAUGAUACUCCAUUACAUCUAGCAUGUGCAACUUUAUCUGUGCCUACGGCACAAAUGUUAGUACGAGCAGGAGCCAAUCGACAGAUACGGGAUGAUCAAAAGCGGGUUGCUGCUGAUUGUAUUCCAACGGUGAAUACGGAAGAACAACAGCAACUGGUAAACGCUUUGCGAAUGCUAUUCGAUGAUCCAAUGUCUGAACAACAACAAACAGUUUUACUUGACUCAACUAUAAGUUCAGAUCAUCAAAAACCAACACAGUUUCAGAUAGGCGAACGCGUUCGUCUUACUAAUAGCAAAAUUGGAACAAUAAAAUACUUUGGCGCUGUUCCUUUCGGUGUUAAUCUUUGGUAUGGCAUUGAACUUGAUGAACCGACUGGGAAACAUGAUGGAUGCGUUGGUGGAACACGAUAUUUUACUUGUCCUGCGAACAAAGGUCUUUUCGUACAACCAUCAUUUUUACGAAAACUGACGCCAGUUGAACAUUCUCCUGAACGUGAACGUAAAUUUCGACCGAUCAAUUUUCCAUUACCUGAUACCAGCAGUGUUUCGAGUCGUGUUGAUACUGGUUUACGACGCGAUAGUUCAUCAGACAGUCGAACUACGGAAGUCUAUCAAGUCAAUGAUCGUGUCUCACUUUCAAAGAAUCGAAGUGGGACAGUUCGAUAUGCUGGACCAACAUUGUUAGGCUCAGGUAUUUGGUAUGGAAUUGAAUUGGAUACAUCCGAUGGUUUACAUGAUGGAUGUUUAAAUAUCGAAGGACAACGAUAUUUUCAAUGUAAAUCUCAGCAUGGCAUAUUCGUACGAGGUCAAACUUUAAGAAUGUUGAAGGAUAAUGAACAACGAACAAAUUCAAUGGCAAAUUCCUUUGAAGUCUCAUCGAAACAUAAUUCACGAAUGACAAACUCAGAUUACGAUACACUCACCAUGGCUUCAAGUAUAGCUGAUGCUGACCCCUUAAGUAAAUCCAUCGAUGCGAGUAUUCUCAGUAUGUCAUUCCAGAUAGGUGAUAAAGUUUAUUGUCACAAUCAUCCAGCCAUUGUUCGUUUUAUUGGCACUACAUUGUUCUCGGAAGGUAUCUGGAUUGGUAUCGAGUUUAUCUCGCGUGCGCUUGGUAAGAACGAUGGUUCGGUCAAUGGUCGCAACUAUUUUCAAUGUAAACCGAAUCAUGGUUUAUUCGUUCGACCUAAUCGUUUGACAUUGACAAAAAAAUAA